AUGGAGAAGGAAAUGUAUAGAGAGGUACUUCCAAAUGUUGAAUUAGAGUUUGAUUCAUAUACUCGAGCUUGUAUUUUAUUGGACGAAACAAAGGACUUGGAAUUGGUCAUGAAAUUUCACUUUGAAGAAUUAAUUUCCAAAUAUAAUCUGAGAAGGAAUCGUCUGGAACAGUAUAGACUGAAAUUCCUCACAAACAAAGAAAAGACACACGCAUUUCAUCAACAAUUGAGGAAUAUCUAUUUCUUUCUACAUCAUUAUUCCUAUUUGAGCUUGGAUACCAAAACAUUGGACAUGCGAGGAAGAAACAUCAUUAAUUAUGCACUUACUCAAUCAGAACCACCAACUGUAGAAUUUAUUAUACACUAUUUGGCUAUGGGAAAUACUAAAACAGUUACAGCUGAAAUGAAUGAACUCUUCUCGGUUGUUAAUAAGGUUGAUGGAUUGAAUGCUCUUGUUCCAUUUAUCAAGACAUUUGGAAAGGUGGAUUUACUAAUCAAGUACAAGAUUUCAAUGAACCACAAAAUGAUGAACGGAUCAACAUUGGCACACUAUCUCUGCAAUUAUGGUAAAAAAUCUUUACUGGUUUCAAUUGAGAAUAGUUUGAAAGAUUUACCACCCAAAGAAAGGAUCUACUUUUUCGAUUUGUCAUUGAAGAAUGAAAAGAAUGAGACGCCUCUUGAUGUUUGUUUGAGGGAAGAAAAUGAGACAAUUUAUCACCAUUUGAUGAAUUCCACAAUUUUCAAACAACCAUCAUCAUCUUUAUGUGUUGUUUUAUAA